UGUCGCCAAAAUGGGUUUUGUUAAAACUGGAGCCGUGGCCAUUCUCAGGAUUUCUCUCUGUUCAAAGGUCGCUCGUGAAUUUAACGCAUCAUGAAUUUUUUCUAAUUAGAAUGAGCUCAUUGACCUUGAAGGCGGACUUAUAUACGUCCAAUGCGAUUGCAAUUUCGGUAAAUCAGUAAAUGGCAUCGGUAAAUGACAAGGUGAUACUUGGACUGUACGGCAUUGCAGGGCUCAUUUUUGGCUGCCUAUUACAAUUGUUUUUCGGAAUGGAUAAGUGGAUCAUCAUGCUUUCUUGGUGUAACGUUGCGAUCAUUGCGCUUGGUGUCUUCGCGCUCUUCAUGAUAUUUGAAGAAAAGCUCUUCUGGACGAAAAAGACAAAAAAUAUUAGGAACAAACAUGUUGUGGUUACCGGUGGUUCCAGCGGCAUUGGGAAAUGCAUAGCAAUUCUCGCCGCAAAGCAGGGGGCAAACGUCACGAUAAUCGCAAGAGAUGUGCAAAAGUUAGAGAGAGCGAAACAUGAAAUACUGCAAGCCUGCGAAAACAAGGAUACACAGAGGGUAGAGUACUUAUCUUUAGAUAUUGGAGGAAAUUAUGAAACCGUUGAAAAAGAAUUGACCGAUCUGGAGAAUUUUAUGGGACCAAUUUAUAUGCUCGUAAACUGUGCUGGUCUCGCGAUCGGUAGCAAAAUAGAAGACACCACCAUGGAGAAUCUCGAUAAAAUGAUGCGCACAAAUUUCCUGGGCACAUAUUAUUGCAUUAAGGCUGUGGUACCGAAAAUGAAAGCAGCCAAGGAAGGGAUGAUUGUACUUGUUUCAUCUCAAGCUGGUCUCCUAGGUAUUUUUGGAUACUCCGCUUACUGCAGUACAAAAUUUGCUCUCCGUGGUUUGGCGGAAAGUUUAGCGAUGGAACUGCGACCUUACAAUAUCUCUGUUACUUUAUCUUUGCCACCAGACACAGACACACCUGGUUUCGCCAUCGAAGAGCUGUCAAAACCUACGGAAACAAAAGCCAUAUCAGAAAUGGCAAAGCUAAUGAAGCCCGAGAUCGUCGCAGAGAAGAUUUUAAAAGACACACUGGCAAGUAAUUUCUUCUCUACUGUCGGUCUGGAAGGCUUCAUACUGACUACGUUAUGCGCGGGGAUGUCGCCGAUCAAGUUGAUUCGCCAGCUGUUCAUGCAGGUGUGCUUGAUGGGUCCGAUGAGGCUCGUCGGCGCGGCUUAUCUCUUCUUCUUCCAUAGAGUCAUCGAUAAUUGCAAGGACAUGCGUGAAGCUUUAAAAAAAGUUAGUUGAGAAAGAAUUCCUCAUAACAUUCUGUGAUGCGCGAUUAAGAGAUUAAACACGACAUUCUAAGGUAAAGCACUUAAUACAGUUUUAAUAAUAUUUCUCGCUCCAUACGCUCGUACUUUGUAUCAUCAGACGACAAUUGAUUCGCGCUUGCAUAAUACGCUCGAUUCCUUUUCAUAAAACUUUUUUAAAUAAAAUUUAUUCCUCAGCGCAGUGAAUUUAGUUUUUAAUGUAAAAUAUAUUUCUAAUAUCUAACAUUAAUCUAACAUAAAAUUCGUAUGUAUGAUCGACGUAAUAAUAUGAUAUAUGUCUGUCCAAUGAUAAAUAUAUACAUGAAAGAAAAUAAAUAUAUGUGCAUGAAAAAAAGAUCAAUACACAAUACGGUGGUACGUAACGCAAAGUGGAGCAUUUCGGAAAGAAAUAAAACACGCUCUCAACGG